UUCCUGGGGGGGGGGGAACGGGUGUGGGUAGAGCUCCGGAGCCAACCCGGGGAGACUCAGAGCACAUCCGGUUUUGGCAGAGCUGGGGAGCUCCUGAGUGGUGGACUGAGAAGCAAGUGAGCUGAACAGAGUUCGGAACCAUGAACAUAUUUGAUCGGAAGAUCAACUUUGAUGCCCUCUUGAAAUUUUCCCAUAUAACUCCCUCGACACAGCAGCACCUGAAGAAGGUCUAUGCCAGCUUUGCACUCUGUAUGUUUGUGGCGGCGGCAGGGGCCUAUGUCCAUGUGGUCACACGUUUCAUUCAGGCUGGCCUGCUGUCUGCCUUGGGUUCCUUGGGCUUGAUGAUCUGGCUGAUGGCAACACCUCAUAGCCAUGAAACUGAACGAAAAAGAUUGGGACUUCUUGCUGGCUUUGCUUUCCUCACAGGAGUUGGCCUGGGCCCUGCUUUGGAGUUGUGCAUUGCUAUCAAUCCCAGCAUCCUCCCCACGGCCUUCAUGGGCACAGCCAUGGUCUUCACCUGCUUCAGCUUGAGUGCACUCUAUGCCAGGCGCCGGAGCUACCUCUUCUUGGGAGGCAUCCUGAUGUCAGCCAUGAGCCUCAUGUUCUUGUCCUCUCUGGGGAACCUCUUCUUUGGAUCCAUGUGGCUAUUCCAGGCAAACUUGUAUAUGGGACUGCUGGUCAUGUGUGGCUUUGUCCUGUUUGAUACUCAGCUCAUUAUUGAGAAGGCUGAAAAUGGAGAUAAGGAUUACAUCUGGCACUGCGUCGACCUCUUCUUAGAUUUUGUUACGCUCUUCAGGAAGCUCAUGCUGAUCCUGGCUUUGAACGAGAAGGACAAGAAAAAAGAGAAGAAGUGAAUUGGCCCCCGGCCUCCCCAGCUUGACUCCUCCCCCGCCCGGCCUCAUUUCCCUGCACACAUUACGGGUGCCGUGUUCUAUGAUAAUGAAAAGCAUCAGAAAAGCUUUUGUACUUUGUGGGUUCUCUAUUUUGAAUUUUUUGAUCAAAAAACUGAUUAGUGAAUAUAGUUUGGAGUUUGGCUUCAUAUUCCUGAGGUUCUCUCACGCUCCCUUUCUGUCAGCUGAUCCAUAGCCUCUUACUCUGCUCAGGCAGCCAGUCCACCAGGGUGAGCGAGGAGCAGAUGUCCGCCUCUCUGCCAUGCCUCCAGACGGACCCUCCUGCACUGUUGCUGGAGCCUCUUUGGCCCUUGUGUUUGGUUUUCACAGUCCAGAGACACUGUUUGCCCUGGGAAGGACCUUACUUGUCCUGAGUUGUCAGCCUGGUGGGUGCUUUGGUUCCUCUGCUGCCUGAGUUGGUCUGGCAAACGCCUGUCUGCCUUGCCCUGGUGAAGGGAAUGUGGAUUUGGGGGUGUUCCCUUUCCCACCCCUGAGUGCCCUCAGGGACUCUACCUGCUUUCCAUCUGUGGGGUGGGAAGGCCUGAGUACAAAAGGAAGAAUGUAUGGCAAGGUAGAGAUGACAGUUCUCAAGUUUCCCUGUUGUAGCUUUUUGUUGUUGGUUUUUAAAUUAUCACCUUUGUUAGUGAUUGGCCUCUACUUGGUGGCUGUGGUUGAGUCUUGGGGGAAGGAUAGGAAAGGGAAUGGUUGCACCUCAGGACUAGUUGUAUUGAAUCCUGCCAGAAAAGCCUCUAAGGACUGCAGCAAGGGACAAGUCUCCAGCUGAGCACUUCCUUGGGGGCGGUGAAGGGGGUGGGAGGAUUGACUGAUAACUUGAAGGUGCACUCCUAACAGUUCUUCAGUGCAUUUUUGUUGUCUGCCAGAGAUUGGAGGCAGUAGGCAAUGUUCACUUAAAGAUGCACUUUAGUUAGCCUGGUUUGUUCACCUGUUUCUAGAAAUUUUAGGUCUGGGCAGAAGCCAGGUGACCAAACUGUGGGCUACCAGUCUGCACAGAAGGGUGGCAUCAGGAGUUGUCAUGGCCCUGACUAUUUGUGGUUUCAGUUCAAAGGAACAAGCCACCACCGAGACCCUAUUACUAGCAGGGUGGCGCUCUGGGCUGUCCCUGCCCACAUGACAGCCAGUGCAGCUGAACACCGUGCUCCUGCUGUACUGUCCCACGACACUGCUCUGUAGUGGUGCCCAGAGUAGCUCAGUGCCACUGGGGCCCUGCCCCAUUUGCCUGCUGCCUCCACCCUGGCUCCUUAACCCCCCUCCCCUCCAGGGACAUGAGCAACUCUCCAUAAGUGGUUCUUUGCAAGGUCUAGGAUCUGACUUAGUUCCACCUCUUGAAGCCAGACACCACCUCUUGUGCUUUUUUGCUUGGGAUAAAGGAGUUUUUCUUUAGAAACAGUGCCAAGAAUGAUAAGAUAUAAAACUACUUUUAAAGAAAAUGCUAACAGUUUUUAAUACAGGUAUCAUUGUCAUUUCCACUUUCUUUCCUAGUUCUUUGGUUUUUCAGCCCAGGCUGCAUUCUCUAACUCAUACUGUGAAGACAAAGGUGUUUUUGAUUAAAAAAUAUAUCUACAUAGUCUUAAUUUGUAAAAAAUAAAGAAAAUUCCUUAACCUUU